GAAACAGCGACCACUGAUCUCAUACCAACCACUGGGACAAGAUGAUCUCCACACAGGACGUCCCAAGAACUUCUGCACCAGGUCACCUUCUGAAUCAUCUCCAGCAUGAAGACCCUGACUUACGUGUGUCUGCUGAUUUGUGCCAUGAUGACUCUGAGUGGAGCUGCUGUUUAUACAGGAGAUCAGCUAUACAAACUUCAAGAGGAGGUCCGAGUCAAGAGGUCAUCAUCUUGUCCCAGUGGUUGGUCAGAGAUCAGUGGUCGCUGUUUCCUUUAUGUCCCUCGGUGCUUGUCCUGGACUGGAGCAGAGAGCAACUGUAUGUACAUGGGUGGACAUCUCGCAUCAGUUCACAGCAGUGAUGAGUAUCUUGACAUUCAGAACUUGAUCAUCAAGGUCACACAACAGUCCAAUGAGGCGUGGCUCGGAGGAUCGGACACAUUCAAAGAGGGACACUGGAUUUGGACUGAUGGAACACCUUUCAGGUUUAACAACUGGUGUCCAGGAGAGCCGAAUAAUGGUGUGGACCAUCAGAACUGUUUGCAAAUGAAUUUUUCAGGUAAAAAAUGCUGGGAUGAUCAAAAAUGUCAAGAAAAGCUUCCGUCCAUCUGUGCUAAACCCCCAACUGAUUUGUGGGUCUGAUCUGAGUUGUGAAGCUUCAUGUGUUUGUGUUGUAUGUCGGCUCCAUAAGUCAUGACACAUCUUUAUUUCUUUGCUGUAUCUGUAACGCUGCUUCAGGGAGGAAAAGACACGUUAGCCUGAGCUGGAUGCAAAGGCUGGGAUGAAAUGGGCACAUGGAAUGGUUAUGAAAAGACGCUUUUACUGCAAACUUUACGCUGAAAUGUGAAAUUUAUAACACAAAUUAAAAAGCUUUAAGCAUUAAAAAAAAAUCUGGUCUGUGUUCAAUGUACUGAGUUCCAAAUAUCAUUAAAUAUGACACAACAACAUUCAAUUUAUUUUAUUUGUUUAGCACCAAAUCACAACAAUGCUACUGCAAGGUGCUUCACAUGACCAGACAAACAUAACAAAUAUAAUAGGUGAGGUGAUGGUCUGGUGGUUAAGGUGUUGAGGUUGAGACCAGAAGAUCCUCUGUUCAAAUCUCAGCCUGACUGGACAAGUACUAAG